GCCGCUGAGGGGGAGCAGCAAGAUGGAGCUGUCUGCAGUGGGGGAGCGCGUCUUCGCCGCCGAGUCCAUCAUCAAACGCCGUAUCCGAAAGGGGCGCAUCGAGUACCUGGUGAAAUGGAAAGGCUGGGCCAUCAAGUACAGCACCUGGGAGCCCGAGGAGAACAUCCUGGACUCCCGCCUCAUCGCCGCCUUCGAGCAGAAGGAACGAGAGCGUGAGCUGUACGGGCCCAAGAAGAGAGGACCUAAACCUAAAACUUUUCUGCUGAAGGCUCGGGCCCAAGCGGAGGCCCUCCAUAUUGGGGAUGUACAUUUUUCUGUCAAGCCUGGUUCCAGUACCUCCUCUCCCAAACUCCACUCCAGCGCCGCGGUGCACCGGCUCAAGAAAGACAUCCGGCGAUGCCACCGCAUGUCCCGGCGCCCCCUGCCCCGUCCAGACCCCCAGAAUGGUGGGAGCGUGGGUGGCGGGGCUGGCAUUCGUCCUCCUGUCUCGCCCUUCUCGGAGACCGUCCGCAUCAUCAACCGUAAGGUGAAACCCCGCGAGCCCAAACGCAGCCGCAUCAUCCUCAACCUCAAAGUCAUUGACAAAGGUGGGAAGCCAGCCAAUGGGGCCGGGGGCCUGGCCCGGCCCAAGAUCCCGUCUCGAAACCGUGUCAUUGGCAAGAGCAAAAAGUUCAGCGAGAGCGUCCUCCGCACUCAGAUCCGCCACAUGAAGUUUGGCACCUUUGCGCUCUACAAUAAGCCGUCUGCUGCACCUACCCCCUCUCUGGAGGGCAAGGGGGAGGCUGAAGGCUCCCAGGCAGCCUCCUGUGGGCUCAUUAUGGGCUCCACCCCAUAUGAUGCCCCCAGCUCCAGCUCCUCUGGCUGCCCAUCGCCCGCUCCUCACUCCUCCUCUGACCCAGAUGAUUCCCCUCCAAAGCUGCUCCCUGAGACCCUCAGCCCAGCCAUCCCCGACUGGCGUGAGUCGGAGGUCCUCGACCUCUCAAUCCCACCUGAGUCGGCUGCCACCAGCAAGCGUUCUCCCUCGGGAGGGUGCAGUGGGGGGCAGACGCCCUCUUUGUCCCUCUCCUCUUCUGACCCGGAGCAGGAGGCCGGCGACUGGCGUCCUGAGAUGUCCCCUUGCUCUAAUGUGGUGGUCACAGAUGUCACCAGCAACCUCCUCACUGUAACCAUCAAGGAGUUCUGCAAUGCAGAGGAUUUUGAGAAGGUGGCGGCGGGUGGUGGUGGAGGAGGCAGCAAAGUGGCAAGCAAGGGAACUGUCUGUGAAGAGCAAAACAGUGGGUCACUGUAGGGAUGCUCCGCAAGGACCUUCUUCCUGCGGUGAGGAGAUGAGGGGACUUGUUGCAGCAGAGGGACUUGGGCAGUAGAUCCUCUUUGUGGAGGAAGAAAGGAGUAUGAUCCGGCUUGCAGACACAGCUCACCUGCUUGUGUGACAAAUCCCUC